AUGUUCGCCAAAGCCGCCAAUUCGACCCCAGCCGUCCCUUCACGAAAUGCCCUCCGCGUCCUCCGCCAGUUAGCCUUUGCUGGCUCUGUGGGGACAUUCUGUACCGUUGCCGCCAUAACCUACGAUGUCCACCGCCGGAUUCGCGUGGCCGAGCAGAUCAUUGAGAACAAACGUAUGAUCCGGACGUCGGCACCGAAUUACGAUGCCACGUCUUCGGCCAAGCGUCUUGCUCUCAUGAUGGAUGCGGCAGAAUCUGGUGAGUUUAUGGGCCUGGAUUCGCUGAAGCACAGGUCGAACCAAAGCGAGGGGCCAACGCUUGAUGUUGAUAGGAGCGCCCUUGCACAAGAUAUGGGUCUACCUCCCCCAACACAUCGACCGACUCACACUCUCCGACCAACACUGGCCGUCCGUCCUACUUCACUUCCUGCCCUGGCAGCACAAUACCAAGACCCAGCAACAAGUCACGAGAAUCAAAUUGCUGUGGCCAGGGAGCUUCAAGCAGAUGAGGCUCGGCGCGCAGAGGGGUUGCCUACAUUCGAGGAAGUAGUACGCACCAUGUUAGUGGAACGACGGGCGGUGGAAGCUGCCAAUCUGUUUCUGACCUUCAAUCGUGUAAAUGGAGACAAUGUGAUAUCAUGGGGCAGGCGAGCUCUUGGUGUUGCAGUCUACACAGCGAACUGUCUGCAAGGCAACGUUUUUAUCGCCCGGUCUAUGUUUGUCCGACUUGAAAAGGUGUCAGUCGUGGAUACAAAUCUGUGGACUACCAUGAUACACAUGCUUGCUAAGGAAGGACAUGUUGAAUCUGCGGCCACGGUCUUUGACAGAUACCGAAACAAGUUUGACGUACCGCCUUACUUGCUGGAAAUCACAAUCCGAUGUCUUAUUGAAUCAAAUCGGUUGAGUGCUGCUAGGUGGCUCUUCUAUCAAAAUAUUGAACAUGAUAUAAAGGGUGGUCUUUGCGGAGCAUAUCUUGAUGGUCUCUGGAGGAAGACUCAUAGCGUUGAAUUGAUCACUAAGGAAUUCCGCAGGAUCUUGGCCGAUCUUGCUGAACUAGAGCGAAACCCAACGGAAAAAGUGUUCAAUGCGCUGGUCAAAGCAUUGAUUGACGCCGGCCAAUUCGAGGAUGCCGAAGCGUUAGUUUGUGACAUGGAGGCAAAACACGCUGCCAAGCCUGGGUGCCGUACCCUUGGUCUUAUACUGUACGGAAAAGCCUUGCAAUGUGAUUGGGAUGGUGUUCUUGCAGGAAUGCGUGAGAUGCAUGAGCUUGGAUUUACUACAACGGAGAAGCGAACUUUUUGUCAGCUCUUCGAUCGGCUCUGGCUGGAGUUUUGGCCGUCUCACUCCGGUCCUGAAUGCUGGAGCUUUCUCGAGACCUGCAUUAUCGAAUUCGAUAUCUCACCUGAUAAAAUUCUUCACCGUCAUUGCCUCGAAGGAUUGAUCGAAAAAUGCGACCCGGAGAUCUUGACGAAAUUUAGCCUCAUGGGUGAAGAGCGUCGAUGGAAUUCUGGGAUGAACUACCAAUCAACAAUGAAUACUAUCAAAGCACGUCGUUUGGCUAUGCGAGAAAGUCCAGUAGGAGUUUGGAAAAUGCUCCAGUCGGCGAAGAAACAGCACGGAAUGGUCACCAUGACGCGACGUAUCAUGGGCAAGGGCGCUGAGUACUAUAACAUCGACAGGGACAAAAUUGCCCCGAUUACUCACCAAGCCUAUGAAGCAGAGCGUGAGAUUGGCACGACUCUUAACAGAUAUUCCUCCAAUCUCUAUGUCCCAAUAACAAAGCGAAUGGAGCAUUAUGUUCACACUGGCAAGUUCCUUGAGGCAAAAGAACUCUUCGACCAGGCUGUGCACAAUGGCUAUCUCAUCAAGUCGCAGCUCGUUCGGCUCGUCGUCAUCGCAAUGAUCCUCCACGAUGGCCUAGGGGGUCUUGUACCGGCCAAAGAGAUAAUCAAGAAGUAUUGGACAAAGGAAACCCACCAGAAAUCCUUCCGAGUUACUGAGCGCGUCCCCCGCUUUGCUCCGAUCUUCUUCCAGCAAUUAAUGCAACUGCACCAGAGCAAAGUGACAGAAAGCACGUUGCUCAAAAUCUGUCUCUUUGAGUUUUAUGAACUUUGCGCUGAAAAGGCAAGGUUCACAGUGAAGCACCACUCCUCAGUCUCGGUUGCUCGCCGAAUGAUCGCUCUCCGCCGCCCCCUUACCGCCGUGAACGUCCUGUCGGCUAUCUACAUGUCCAAAUGGCGAAAGUCCCACGGCUUUGACCAAAUCCAGCUUAAGAUGCUUAUACGUGCUCACACCUAUCUCAAAAAUGCUCGCGGCGUUUGGUGGUGUAUAAUGACCGUUCUCACUCGCGGAGACCAAAUCAAUCGCGACUUUGUUGUUGAAGUGGAACGCCUGACAACUUUAUGGGAAUCCACAUUUUCACCGCCUGUCAUGGAGACAUUGCGAGGGCUCAUCUCCGUGCUUCGACAGAAACACGACGGAAUCGAGUACUGGAAUAAUUUCGUCGCUGAUGCCAAGCGGAAGAAGCAGAAUCGGGCUCAGAUUACCACACCUCCUGUUAAUUGCCGGGAACCGCCCCUGUCAACAACGAUCGAAGAAGCUCUGGUCGGAUUCGAUGAGGAAGUAGAAUUUGACCGGCUCAUCAACCGAACACAGUUAACCAAAAAAUCCUUGAGAUAUUGGUGGGAUGAAGACGUAAUGGUGUACUGCACCACGAGGCAACCGGAGCACCCACAAUACCCUGUAAGCCCUGCAGAAGACAUGUCAAGCCCUGGAGAACCCAAGCCAAGUCGCGAUUUCUCCUCCAGCCACGGAGAUAUUGCGAGUGCUUAG